CAAAAAAUCUUCACAUUUCUAAAUCUCCCCAUCAUACCCUCAAUAAUUUUAAAAAUAAUACACUAUUACAACUACUUUUUUGGAUUUAUCCUACAUACCAUCACAUUAUUCUACUAUCUUCCCAUCGUAUCCUCAAUAAUUCAUAUCCUUUUUCACUAUUCUUAAUCUACCUACUUUUGAAAUGACAAAGUUUUUGAGUUAUUGACAAACUUUUGAAAUAGAGAAGAAUGAAAGGACACUUCUUCACAAAAACAUGAAGAAAGAGAAUCUCCUCCUUCUCUAUAGAUUUCCAGUCUUUUGACUUCCAGAAAUGGAAUUCCGGCAUCAACAUCACCGGAUUCCUUACCCCUUCAAACAUGAACAAAGGCUUUACACUCAAAAUAACCCCCAGGAAACAUUCCUUGCUACUGGAAUAGCACGAAGAACAGGACCUGUAAUAGGGUAGAUAGCUUCUUCACCCACCGGAGAGCUCCUCAACGGAUCCAGACUCCCUACAGUGGCCCUCCUCUCCACCGGUAUGCUCGUUCCUGUUACAACACAUACGACAGCAACAACACUAGAAACAGAGUCCACUCGCACACAGGUAAUCGUUUCUACACCAACCCCUAUUCUCAUCACUACCAUCCAGAAUUAGUCACGAUCCCAGAUUUCAAUCGGAGGGUAAAACCGGCCAGAAAUCCUACCGGAGUUCAAAGGACUGAUGUAAUUCGUUUACAUCCAUUCCACACCUCCUACGUGUGAAUAAACGGGAAAAGGUACCCCAAUAGGAACCCCAUAUGUCUAUUUAGUAUUUAUAAUAAAAGAGUUUCAUAUAGAAUAGAAAACAAAUCUUCCUAAUGAUGUUCUAUUACACCUCCUCAAACUGUGCGGGAGAUACAACGCGCAGGUUGUCUUUUAAAAAAUGAAAUUGGUGACUAGAAAGACUUUUAGUAAAAAUGUCAGCUAACUGUAACUGAGGUGGGAUGUACUUCACAAUUAGAUCUCCAUGAGCCACACGCUCCCUGAUGAAGUGAUAGUCAAUCUGAAUGUGCUUGCUAUGCGCAUGCUGAAUUGGAUUAGCAGUGAGAUAGGAAGCAGAAAUAUUAUCACAAAAAAGCUGGACCGGCGUAAUGAUGGGAUGGCCGAGCUCAAACAAUACGGAACAAAUAUGCAGGGUAUCCUGAACAGUGUAAGCAAUGGCCUUGUAUUCAACUUCUGUAGAGGAUUUGGAGACAGUAGGCUGUUUUUUGGACUUCCAGGAGACAAGAUUCGGACCCAAGAAAACUGCAAAACCGGUUGUGAAACGGGACGUAUCUGGACAGCCAGCCCAAUCAGCAUCAGAGUAGGCAAUGACACAAGUAGCUCGAGAUGUAGGCUGAAGCCACAAACCAUGCUCAAUAGUCCCCUGCAAGUAUCUAAAAGUCCUCUUGACAGCAAAAAGAUGAGUAGUACGAGGAGCAUGCAUAAACUGAGACACUAAAUGCACAGCAUAGGUAAUAUCAGGUUGUGUCAAAGUUAAAUAUUGUAAUGCAUCAACCAUACUACAAUACUCAGUAGCAUCAGGAAGAAGUUCCCUAUCAGUGAGGGAUAAAGAAGUGCGAGUAGCAAGCGGAGUACGGACAGACUUGAGAGUAUGGAGAUGAAAUCGAGAUAGAAGGUCAGAAACAUACUUAUGCUGGGAUAGAAACAAACCUUUAUCUGAGUGGACAGCCUAGACUCCUAAAAAAUAAUGAAGAUCACUGAGAUCCUUCAUAGCAAAAUGCUGAGCAACAAGCUGAAUAAAAGAAGUGAUAGCAGCAGCAGAAUUGCCGGUAAUAAUGAUGUCAUCAACAUAAAGUAAUAAAUAAUGACAUUAUUAUUAUGACGAAAAAUAAACAAUGAAUUAUUAGACUUGCUGCACCGGCUGCACGUGAAAUGAUGAGAAAGUAAAAAGCUACUAAACCUAUGAAACCAGGCCCGCGGGGCUUGCUUGAGCCCAUAAAUGGCUUUUCGCAAACGACAUAAAUGAUUAGGAAAUGAGGGAUGAAUAAAACCCCGCGGUUGACACAUAUAUACCUCCACAAUGAGACCAUGCAAAAAGGCAUUUUUAACGUCCAACUGACGAAUAACCCAUCCAAAACAAAUAGCAAGAGUAAGAACAAUACGAACUGUGGUGGGUUUAAUAACCGGACUAAAGGUUUCAGAGAAAUCCACACCGGCCUGUUGCUUAAACUCCUGAGCAACUAAUCGAGCUUUGUGACGCUCAAUAGAACCAUCAGAAUUAUAUUUAGUCUUAUAAAUCCACUUAGAGCCCACAACAUUUUUAGUGUGAUCAAACGGAACUAAAUCUCAAGUAUUAUUAGAAAUAAGAGCAUUAAAUUCCUCCGCCAUUGCCGCACGCCAUUUUAACUGUUUGUUAGCCUCUGAAAAACAAGUUGGAUCAGCUGAUAAAGCAACUGUUUUUAAAUUAAGAAUCAUUUUGGGUUUAAAAAUGCCCGACUUAGCCCGAAUUUGCAUGGGGUGGCAAUUUGCCAGCGGACCAGACGAAGAUGUAUCCGGUGUACUGGCCGGUAGCUGCGGCUGCACAACUGGAGCAUCACCAGGAUGGGUGAAGGCUGCUUCAGGCUCAUCUGUUUCGUGGGAAGGAGUUGCAGGCCGAGAGAAAGGUAAGGUAGUGGCUGGAGCAGGACUGGGGUGGGUCGAGUGAGGGCUUGGUAGUGAUGGGGUUCGGGAAUUGUAAGGUGAUUUGGAGGGAGGUGUUUGAGCAGUGGUUUGCCGUGGUGAAGUAGGAAGAGUUGAGGGCGUUGGGAGUGUGUUGGAGUGUUCAGUGGGUGGUGGAAGAGAUAUGGUUGGGACUGGAGGCAUAGAGUUAGGUGUGGUAUUGAUAAGAGUAAAAUCUUCAGGACUAGAUGAAGAAGAUGAUGGAGAUUCAUGACUCGUAGAUGAAGACAAAGUGGCAUAUGGAAAAAUAUUUUCAUGAAAAUGAACAUGUCUACUAAUAAAUACCUUGCCAGAUUUGGGGUCAAGACAGCGAUACCCCUUAAAACCAGAUGCAUAGCCAAGAAAAACACACUGAACAGAACGUGGUGACAGCUUGUUGGAAGAAGAAGCAGAAAAAUUCGGAUAACAAGCACACCCAAAAACACGAAGCAAACUUUAGUCAGGAAUUUUGUGAAAGAGUUUUUCAUAUGGUGAAACACCAAAAAGAGUAGGAGAGAGUAAUCUCUUAAUAAUAUAGACAGCCGUAAAAAUAGCAUCCACCCAAAAAAUACUAGGAAUUGAAGCUGUAAUAAGCAUAGUUCGAGCAAGUUCCAAAAGAUUGCGAUGUUUGCGUUCAGCAAUACCAUUUUCGGCCAAAAAUUGUUGCAUAGAAAAAUUAACAAACUCACCCUCUCUAUCACUUUGAAAAACUUUAAUUUUAGAAUAAAAAAAAUUCUCAACUAAAAGUUUAAAGAGACGAAAUUGAGAAAAGACUUCAUGUUUGGUGCGCAAUGGGUAAAUCCAAGUAAAGCGAGAAAAGUCAUCAAUAAAGCACACAUAAUAUUUAAAACCUAAAUUAGAUAAAAUUGGAGAUUGUCGCACAUCAGAAUGAAUUAACUGUAAUGGAGAAGUAGAAUUAUGACUAGCAUCUGUAAAGGGUAAUCGCUGAGAUUUACCCAAACGACAAGAAAUACAAUCAUGUUUAAAAUUUGAAGAAUGAGAAAUAAGUUUUCCUAAUGAUAUUCUCUUGGAGAACAGUACGUCACAUAAGACGAACCUCAUACUCCCACCACUUCCGAGAUUCAACCCGGUUAUAUCCUAAUCGUUUCUUUUUACUUGAAUCUGAAGAUGACAGCGUCUAUUACCCCCUACCCACACAAGAGUCUUAUAAAGAACAGACACAUCCCUACAAUCGAUUCAAAAACCCCUGCAAAUUAUCGUCGUCAUGGGGUAUGCAGCAGGCCUGAGAUUCAGAAUCGAUCUCACCCUGACGGAAAGCUCAAAAAGGCACCGUCUAACGGGACAACCAAAGGCGUGGAGAAGUCUGGCUCUCAACCAGCCUCGUUGAAUUUCUCACCUGCGCAGGGAAAGUUAGCCGGAAGCGGAGAAGAUGAUAAGGCUCCUUUGGUAAGGCCAUUUACGAAGGAUGCAAGUCUGGAUCGUCAACCUGUUAGUCAGACCCAGGCCAUACUGCCAAACUGCUCACAUGGCCUGAUAUGGCAUCUACGGUUAAUGAGCUCGAGUUUGGAUUUGAUUCACAAAACUGAUUAUGCUUAUUCAGGGUGCAGAAGCAGAAGCUGGAGUGUUAGAAUGAAAUUUCAGAAGCACUUUUGGUGCUCUAAUUUACUCUCAGAAUCAGUUUUUUAGAAGCAAGGGGGUACCAGCUUCUGAAAACUGAUUCUGAUUCUGCUUCUGCUUCUGCUUCUGUUUUAAAAAAAAGCAGAAGCAAAAUCAAUUCCAAAGACACCGAAGAUGCAGACAAAAGGUUUGACCCAGGUAGCUCACCCGGAAACCCCACUCAAACAUGGGUUGAUCUACUUCGGGCUGACAAGGAUAAAACCACCCGGGCCCAGCUACACUCCCACUCUCAGCCGCAACAAACAGUUCAAUUGAUAAUAACAUUACUGUUAUGGGAAAAGGUACAUAUAUACCCCUGUAGUAUAGGUGGAGGAACAAAUAUACCCCUGUUCUAUUUUUCGGAACAAAUAUACCCCUGAACUUUUAAAAAGGUGCAAAAAUAUCCCUCAUUUUUUAUAAAGGAGCAAAAUAAUCCUGAUUGACUUUAAAUUAAUCAAAUAAAUUUCAAAAAAGACCAAAAAUAAAUUAAUAAAUCAAAUUAAAAAAUAAAAAUUUUAAAAAUGUAAUUGUGUCCAUUUCUCCCUUUAUUGUUUUAUAUCACAAUUUAAUAUUUUAAGUAUAAAGUAUUAUUUUAAAAUAUGUAAUUUUAUAGUGCAAAAAAUGCAAAAAAAUAUUGUUUCUAUACAUUGCAAAAAAUAUGUUGCACCUUUUCAAAAGAAUUUUAACCAUAUAGUAAAAUUUUGAAAUAAUAUUUCAUGCUUAAACAAUAUUAAAUUGUGAUAUAAAAACUAUAAAAGGGAGAAUUAGACACUAUUACAUUUUUAAAACUUUUUGUUUUUAAAUUUCGAAUUUAUAAUUUAUAUUUGGUGUUUUUUGAAAUUUAUUUUAUUAAUUUAAAGUCAAGAAGGAUUAACUUGCCCCUUUAUAAAAACAUGAGGGAUAUUUUUGCACCUUUUUAGAAGUUCAGGGGUAUCUUUGUUCCGAAAAAUAGAACAGGGGUAUAUUUGUUCCCACACCCAUACUACAGGGGUAUAUUUGUACCUUUCCCCUUACUGUUAUUAAAGAUAUUAUUAUCUUAGAUACAGAUAAUCUCCAGUUUGAAUCAGCUACCAAUUCUCAGGGCCCCGAUAAAUUCCACUUCUUUGGACAAGAGGGAUUUGAUUCUAUUAAAGUAGAAUAAAAAACCUUUAGUUUCAAUCUUGAUUUGGCUCCUCAAAUCAUCCGUUGUAUUUAUGAGCUCACAGGAACCGGCCUUUUCCACCCGCAAUUAAAGAGAUUCAGACCAAUUUCGGUCUCCUCAAAUUUUAAUAAAGCAUGCAGCUACAUAAAAAUUGCCAAAGAAAAAGGACAUUCCAUUACAAUUCCCGGGGGCAGGCACCAAUCAAGAGUGCUCGAAUUCAUGGCAGUCUUCUCUAAUUUUGUGAGAUUUUCAGAUUCAGUACAGGAGGAACCUAUGGAUUGCCUACAAGAAACCACGCUACUUACAGAGGAGCCAACAUUAAUAUCAAAGCUUAUUUUUUAUUGUCAAAUUCGGGAAGCCUACUCAGAGAAACAGUGAUUUCCAACUCCAGUAGAAUACCACAGGCUUAUUCAAGCAUACUCAGAUGCUUCUGACAACUUUUACCAAUCAGAUGAUUCUUUUUACUUGGAUGACUUUCUGGGACAUGUAACUGAAAGCGAUCGUCUUCCCCCUAUCUCAGCUCCGGCAGAAAUUGUGAAAUCAAAAUUCAACAGAGCGAUUUGUAAAAAAAUCCAAGUUUGUUACCUCAGAAAAUUGACUGCCUACAGACAAUUUGAACACGCAACUAAAGGAUUACAGGAAAUCUCAAAAGAAUAAAAGGCGUCACAAAGACUGUGUCUCAGUCUAGAGAAUUUCCUUGGGUGUAAUUUUGGGUUUUUCUUUUCUGUACUGUUUUAAUUUGUUUCUUGUAUUUCCUUUUCAGAUUGUAUUGUUUUCUUUUUCAAUAAGAAAAAUAUGGUUGAAAAAAAAAAGAGAAGAAUGAAGGGAAGAAUUGAUGUAUUGAAUACCAAAUUGAUGUUACGUUGAUGAACACUGUAUUCAUAUAGCCAUAUAGUGCAGUUGCUCUCUCGGUUCUCUCACUAUGUGCGAAUGUCUAGCACCUUUUGAUAAAUAAGAUGCUCAAAAAAUUUCAUCAAAAAAUUCCAUCUGGAACCGCCCCAAAUCGCGAAGACCGUACAAAGUCUCCUAUAGAAGGACUUAAUUGACUUUUUUUAUGAAAGUUCGAGGACCUAUUUGACAGUUUUCCCCUAUAUAUACUCCCUCCGGUUCUAAAUAAACUUCACACUUUCCUUUUUGGGACGGUCCAAAAUAAACUUCAUACUUCCUUAUUUUCUUAUUUGGCAAAGAAAUAUACAUCAAAACAGUGUUAAACAGUGCUAAACAGUGCCAAACAGUGUCUCAACAGUGCCAAACAGUGUCUCAACAGUGUCAAACAGUGUCUCAACAGUGUACUCUACAGUAAAGUCAACUUUAUUUCCUUAAUAACUGUGAAGUCAAACACUGAAGUUUAAAAAGAACCGGAGGGAAUAUUAAUUAACUCACUUCAUUUUGGGAAAUGUGAUACAAGGGAGAUCUACCGGAAAUGUGAUAAGGUUUUACUUUUUUUAUACUUCUUGCUUCUUGGUGACCUUGAUAUGCUUUAUGGCUUUGACAUGCACACUUUAUUUUGUCUACUACUUUGAAUAAGUAGUAGACAAAAUUUAGUAUGUUAAAUCCACCUUCUUUGCACUACCCGUAGGAAAUUGUUUUUGGAGGGAUCCAUUAUAUCUUUGUCUGAUUUACUUGCUUUCAUCUCAGAUAUGUAUGUUAAAUCUCACUUAUUCACAUUAUCCAUUAUAAGAGUAUUUUUAAAAAAUGACUAUUUAGAAUUAGAAUUAGAAUUUUUCUCUUUGCAUUUUUUACUUGCUCAGUUCAUUUUUCUUGGAGAACUAAUAUAGCCAUUUUUUAUUGUUAUAUGUUUUUUCUACAUUUGCAGGGGAGAUGAUACUAGGGAGAUCUACCAGAAAUGUGAUAUGGUUUUACUUUUUUUACUUCUUGCUUCUUGGUGACCUUGAUAUGCUUUAUUGCUUUGACAUGCACACUUUAUUUUGUCUACUACUUUGAAUAAGUAGUAGAAAAAAUUUAGUAUGUUAAAUCCACCUUCUUUGCACUACCCGUUGGAAAUUGUUUUUGGAGGGAUCUAUUAUAUUUUUUCCCGUAAGAACUAACUAAAAACUGGUAUUUCUCUUUGUCUGAUUUACUUGCUUUCAUCUCAGUUAUGUAUGUUGAAUCUCACUUAUUCACACUAUCCGUUAUAAGAGCAUUUUUAAAAAAAUGGCUAUUUAGAAUUAUUAGAAUUAGAAUUUUUCUCUUUGCAUUUUUUACUUGCUCAGUUCAUUUUUCUUGGAGAACUAAUAGAGCCAUUUUUCAUUGUUAUAUGUUUUUUUCUGCAUUUGCAGGAGAGAUGAUACGAGGGAGAUCUACCAGAAAUGUGAUAAGCGGAGAUGAUACGAGGGAGAUCUACCAGAAAUGUGAUAAGGACCGGGAGGCGAGAAGGGGAGCGGGUGACUCUCAAUUUAAUAUUUAACAACUUCAUUUGGGUUCGGUGCAACAUAUUCUUGGACUCAUGAUCAAUUUUUAAAGAUAGUGGUGUUGUUUCUACCAAUUAUUGUGACAGGUAGGGUUGUAUCCAAUCUGAAGGUUAAGGUAAACUUUGUGGUCUUCAUCUCUGAUCUCACGGGUUCUGCGGCAGCUUGUGUAUCUUCUCCAAUGGUGUUCCCGAUCCAUUGGCCAUCUUCUCAAAGUUGCAUCGAUGAGCACCUACACUGACGCUUAAGGAAAUACCUUUGUCCAUCCUCUCCAAGUUGAGCUAGCACCUCCAAUAGCAAUGAUGUCUGCAUCAAUGGCCGAUGAGCUUCAUCAAUUCGGCGGAAACAUCGUUGAUCCAGCGACGAGCUUUGUUGGUCUGGCACAAGCUUCACUCUCCAACUGCAAGUUUUGUGGAUCCAGUGAGGACCUUCGUCAUGCGAUGACUAAUAGCUCGAAUUUGACAGUCCAUGGCGAUUUUUUGGGCUGGGAGAAUUAACAAAGAUUUUCGAGAAAUCUGACAUCAAACUAUGUACAUCAACGUUGAACUGGAUUUUUUUUGUUUGUUGGGGCUCCUUUUGUUUCCUGUAAUUAAUUAAUUUUAAUUUUCUACCGGAAAUCCUUUUGUCUAAAUCUUUUUGUUUAGACCUACAAUAGCGAUUCACCCUAUUUCUCCAUUUUUGUUUUUGUGUGGG